UGUUGCUCCUAAUUAUAGUGUAGCCUAAUUGAUGUUAAAGUGAUUAUUUAAUAAUUACAUUUUAGGUUUGUUUUCUCACGGAAGUGAACACGAAGGGGUUUUUUUUCUUAGUGAUUAAAUGCUUGCGGAAGACUUCGCUGGUUAGUGCAGCCGCAGCUUUUCAGCGCGCACGAGCGCAUUGAGCUAAGAAUCUGUCACUGAAUGAGCGUCAAGUGAAACCGCGCCCGACACGCGCUUAAUAACAGAUAACAGAGGUGAAACUAAUGCCUAUGUGGUUUUAGAAGCAUUUCGCCUAUGGCAAAUCGGGAAAAGAACAAAAAGACACUUCUAGAGUUGGCGAAGUUGUCACAGAAUUGCUGCUGUGCUGACUGUGGAGCUGCAGAUCCAGACUGGGCUUCAUGCACACUGGGAAUCUUUGUGUGUCUAAACUGCUCUGGAACUCAUCGCAAUCUUCCUUCAGUAAGUCGUAUCAAGUCUAUACGCUUAGACUUCUGGGAUGAUGAGCUUGUGCAGUUCAUGAAGUCCAAUGGAAACCGUGCUGCCAAAAACUUCUAUGAGAAAUUUGUGCCAGUCUUUUAUUAUCAGCCUCAACCAGACGAUUGCGAGGUCCUCAGAGAACAAUGGAUUCGAGCCAAAUACGAAAGAAUGGAGUUUGCAGAGAAAAAUAGAGAUAGACCUUACACAGCAGAUGUCUAUGAGGGCAUGCUGUGGAAGAAAGGAAAAGAUAACGGACAGUUUCUCGAGAGGAAGUUUGUUCUUUCAGUGCACGAUUUUACCCUCAAAUACUACAAGGAGGAUGAAUCUAAGGGACCAAAGGCUACUAUUUCUGUGAAGGACCUGAAUGCAACCUUCCAGCCUGAGAAGAUAGGACAUGCUCACGGCCUUCAGAUCACCUACUGUGUGGAUAAUCACACCAGAAACCUUUUUGUUUACCACAAAAAUGGACAGGAGAUUGUCAAUUGGUUUAAUGCCAUUAGAGCUAUUCGCCUUGCCUACCUGAAAACAGCCUUUCCUACAGCUAGCAAUGAAGAGCUAAUACCGUGGAUAACCAGAAACUAUUUGAAAGAGGGUUACAUGGAGAAGACUGGCCCACUGCAGCGAGAGCCAUUCAAGAAAAGAUGGUUUAUUUUGGAUUCCCUGGACAGGAAACUACUCUAUUUUAAAACACAGUUGGAUGCCAUUGAGCUUGGGGUAGUUUUCAUUGGCCCAGAGAAUCAUGGCUAUUCAGUGAGGGAGUGUGUCCCUAAAGGGACGAGAGGCAACAAAUGGAAGUGUGGGGUAAUUGUGGAGACGCCAGAUCGGCAGUUCGUCUUCAUGUGCGAGCAGGAGCGCGAUCAGAGAGAGUGGGUGGAGGCCCUGAAAACCAUCAUCUCCAAACCCAUGAUGCCGCAAGAUUACACCACCGAAGCCAAUAUUCGUAGACGGAGGUGAAAACGAUGACUGGAUGGGACAAUAAGCUCAGACUCUGUCACUAAAUCUAUUUAAAAUGAACCCUGACAUUUGAGUCCCAGAACUGAUUUACUCAAAGGGAACUGUGAAAGAAUGUAAUUUUUUCGGGCAUUGUUUCUAACCAGCAGUUUAAAAAAAUUCUCACUUGGUGCAUUUUGGGAUGUGAAACCAAUCUGAGAAGACUGCAGUAGGUCAGAUGAGGAUAGACUGACUGGUUGAGCUCUCUAAGGAGCACAAAGAAUAUGACUGCGUCUGAAGUUGGAUAAGAUCUGGGCUCUCAAUACAAGUAGAGAUCCUGAAACAAGCCCUGAGCAAGACGAGGAUCUCGUCUUAGUGAGAACUGAGUUAGAUUCACAUGUAACUGUGAAUCCACAUGCAGGAGCUCAAAGACCAAAUAGAAACUAAAAAUUAAGGAAUUACGGUUGUACAGAAAUGGAGACAUGCAAAUGACAAGUGUGCGAUGAAAAUGCUAAUCAUAGAACACCUGGGGUUCAUAAACUGACAUUUGGCCGGAUUUUAUUUUCUGAAUAAUAAUCAAUGAACAAAGCUGA